GAUCCCAUACAUUGCCACUUGUCGGGGAGGAGAGUCCGGAGCUGAGACGGCGAGCUGCCUAGCUCCGUUCCUGCUCUAUAUCUCAGCUCCUCCGUUCUGUCCUGUGGCCCCGAGCUGAGCUGCCAAGGAUACGUACGUACGUACGUCUUGAGGGAGGCUGCCGGUCGCCCUCUUCUCUCGUCGACCUCGUCGGGGUUAUGCGGAGGAGCAGGUCGUGCUUGUCCUGCGUGCCCAUGGGGACGGCGGCGCUGCCCAUUGAGAACCACUUCGUCGCUCCGGCUGCGCUACCGUCGGUGCCCGCCUCAGAUUCAGAGGACGGAGGAUUUGGCAAGGGCAGCAUAGACCUUGGAGGCCUAGAGGUGCGCCAGGUCACCACGUUUGCCAAGGUCUGGUCCACCACACAGGGCGGCCAAGACGGCCUCGGCGCCACCUUCUUCAAGCCCUCGCCGGUGCCCGCCGGCUUCUCCGUGCUCGGCCACUACGCGCAGCCCAACAACCGGCCUCUCUUCGGCCACGUCCUCGUCGGCCGGGACACGUCUGGCGCCGGCGGUGCGCUCCUCGCCGCGCCAGUGGACUACGCCCUCGUCUGGUCCAGCCCGGACGGCGCCGGCCACUUCUGGCUCCCCACGGCUCCCGAGGGCUACAAGGCCGUCGGCGUGGUGGUCACGGCCGCGGCGGACAAGCCUUCACCCGACGAGGUCCGGUGCGUCCGCGCCGACUUCACCGACGCGUGCGAGGCCGAGGACUCGGUGUGGAGCAGCGACAAGGACGGCUUCAGCGCGUCCACCCUGAGGCCGGCGGUCCGCGGCAUCGAAGCCCGCGGCGUGCACGCUGGCACGUUCCUCGCCCAGAGCAGCGCGACGCCGGCGGCGGCGGCGGGCGUGUCAACGACGCUGGCGUGUCUGAAGAACAACAGCGCGAGCUACACGUCCUCCAUGCCCGACCUGGCCCAGCUGAACUCCCUCCUGGCGGCCUACGCGCCGCACGUGUACCUGCACCCGAACGAGCCCUACUUCCCGUCGUCGGUGGCGUGGUUCUUCGAGAACGGCGCGCUGAUGUACCAGAAGGGCAGCAGCCAGACCCCGACGCCGGUGGCCGCCGACGGGUCGAACCUCCCGCAGGGCGGCGGCAACGACGGCGGGUACUGGCUCGACCUGCCGGCGGACGGGAACCAGCGGGAGAAGGCCAAGAGGGGAGACCUCGCCGGCGCGAAGGUGUACGUGCAGGCGAAGCCGAUGCUCGGCGGGACGGUGGCCGACCUCGCGGUGUGGAUCUUCUACCCGUUCAACGGGCCGGCGCGCGCCAAGGUCGGCCUCAUCCCGUCGAUCCCGCUCGGCGAGAUCGGCGAGCACGUCGGCGACUGGGAGCACGUGACGCUGCGCGUCAGCAACUUCUCCGGCGAGCUCCUCCGGAUGUACUUCUCGCAGCACAGCGCGGGCACCUGGGUGGACGCGUCGCGGCUGGAGUACCUCGACGGCGGGGACGGCGGCGGGAGCAGGCCGGUGGCAUACGCGUCGCUGCACGGGCACGCGUUCUACCCGAACGCGGGGACGGUGCUGCAGGGGAACUCGGGCCUGGGCAUCGGGAUCCGGAACGACUGCGCCAGAGGGAGCAGGCUGGACACCGGCGCGGGGCGGUGCGAGGUGGUGUCGGCGGAGUACCUCGGCGUCAAGGAGCCGGCGUGGCUCGGGUUCGAGCGCGAGUGGGGCCCGCGGGAUGAGUACGACAUCGGGCGCGAGAUCAACCGCGCCGCUAGGCUCUUGCCACGUUCGGUGAGGGAGCGGCUAGCCAAGCUGGUGGAGAAGGUGCUCGUCGGGGAGGGCCCGACGGGGCCCAAGAUGCAUGGUAACUGGAGAAACGACGAGAGGGAAGCCUGAUAAAGGCUUCGUAUCCUUAACUGUACGAUUCGUGAGGUAUAUACGGAUCAGACGGUUUGCGAUUGAAAGGAUAGCGUGCUCAUUAGAGGAGCUAAAAGGAUUGGUUGUGUCAUUGUGUGUGUGCGUGCCUGCGUGGCAGUGUAUUUCCAUCUCAGCUGUAUGUAGGCAACGACUGCUAUGCAAGCAGUCCUUCUGUGCAAGCGUGCAAGCAAAUCAUCUCAUCCAUUAGAUCAUGAUCCAACCGUAGGUCAUAUUUAACACUUAAACCCUUUCACCACCAGCUCAAUAAUCUUUAUAAAAAAAAUCCUAACAAACCAUGGUUGUAUCUAUGGUUGGAUCGUAAUCUAAUUGAUAAAAUGGUUUGUUUGCACGCUUGCACAGAAGGACUAUUUGCAUAACAGUCGUUGCCGCUGUAUGUAUUCGAUAAUGUGUAGCAUUGUUUGGUUUGCUGUUUA